GGUAGGUGGCAGUGGCUGCAGAUACGCAAGAAGCUGAGUGGGUCUUUAGGAAGCCAGCAUGGCUGAUCUAGUAACUGCAGUUUUGGGAGGAGCAGCUGCCUUGGCAGUGGCCACGAUUGGUGUCCCAGCAGCACUGGGAGCAGCAGGUUUCACUGGAGCUGGAAUUGCGGCUGGCUCUCUGGCUGCAAAAAUGAUGUCAGCAGCGGCCGUCGCCAAUGGUGGAGGAGUAGCAGCUGGGAGCGCUGUUGCUGCGCUUCAGUCAGUCGGUGCUGCUGGGCUCUCCACUGCUACCACAGCUGCAGUGACAGCUGGUGGAGCACUGCUGUCUGCCGUCUGCCGUUAAGAAGACACACGUGCACAGAGGCCAUAUCUACUUGGAAGAGCAGUACUUGGAAGAUCAUGCUUUGCCAUCAACAGCAUAACUCACUUGACGUACCUUAAGCAAAAUGUGCUUUUAAUCAAUGCUACGUUAUUCCUACUGGACAAAAUGUGAAACAACAAAUAAAGCUUUGAGAAUUAAACAACAACAAGAAGUGUGUUAGCAAGAAAGCUGAUUGGUGGCAUCACACAACAACACACAUGUAAAAUACUUCCUGUCCCAUGAGGAAAAGAUCCAUGUUUUCCUUAGCAGGCUUUUGACUUCAGUGUUUUGUGCUG